GAGUGGAUGGAAUGAAUUCAAUUUGGUAAAUUUGGAAUGUCUGAAAUCUAAGACCAGAAACUGUAGUUAUUAUUCGUUCCUCACUUUUUUUUUUCUCUAGAAGAAAGGCAAGAAGAGGAAAGAGAAUUGGUUCCCAGUUGAAAUUGAUUCACACCAAACUACAGGUCCGAAUCAAAUCCAAAGUUUUACUUACAGCACAACUCUCUUUAUUUCUGGAAGCAAUAUAUACCUGUGUGCUGAACCAGUGUAGUGUCCUAUAUGCUCUCAGCUUCUGGUUUGGCAUGCACAUUAAAAGUAGCUCCUUUUUGCCACUUCUUUUCUCAACCUUUGAAAAUACGCCAACGCGAAUCACGUCUCUAAACACAAACGUCCUUUUCUCACUCAUCAUAGUUCAAAAGAUGAUACCCUUUUAAUUACUUCAACAAAGAGAACCGCGUGAGUUCCACAUCACUCAUGUCUGCUUCCAACUUGUCACCAUUUCCAUGCAUGACAUGAAGAAGAAGAAGAGGAGCUAUCUCCGUGCUUCCCUUUUUCUCACUCACGAGGACGAGACAGUGUGAGUACUCAUACUAAACAACAAACAAGGUCCCCUCAAAAGUUAAUCAUUCUCAUUUCUCAUUUCCUCACUGCAAAUUUAACCCUUCCUUGCUUCGUUCUCUUUAAAUUGAGAAACAUGCCGCAACCAUUGUUUCUGUUUUUACUUUUAUGUUUAUUGUGCUCAAGUAGUGGUUUAUCUCAAGUUUUGUCCCUCGAGAGAGAGACUCAGAUUCUACUUGGGGUCAAGAACACUCAGCUCGAAGACAAAAACAAGAGUCUCAAAAACUGGGUGCCCAACACAGACCACCACCCCUGCAACUGGACCGGCAUUACCUGCGACGCACGAAACCACUCACUUGUCUCCAUUGACCUCUCCGAAACUGGAAUCUACGGCGACUUCCCCUUCGGUUUUUGUCGCAUUCACACCCUCCAAAGCCUCUCUGUGGCUUCCAAUUUUCUCACCAACUCCAUCUCCCCCAACUCUCUGCUUCUCUGUUCCCACCUCCGUCUCUUGAACCUCUCCGACAAUUACUUCGUCGGAGUCCUGCCGGAAUUCCCGCCGGACUUCACCGAACUAAGAGAGCUAGACCUCUCAAAGAACAACUUCACCGGCGACAUUCCGGCGAGUUUUGGACAGUUUCCACAUCUGAGAACGCUCGUUUUAUCCGGAAACCUCCUCAGCGGAACGAUCCCUCCCUUCCUAGGAAACCUCAGUGAGUUAACUCGUUUGGAAUUAGCUUACAACCCCUUCAAACCAGGACCUUUACCUUCCCAACUAGGAAACCUCUCUAAUCUCGAAACACUGUUCCUCGCCGAUGUAAACCUCGUAGGGGAAAUUCCACACGCCAUCGGUAACCUCACCUCGCUCAAGAACUUUGAUUUGUCUCAGAACUCCUUGUCAGGUACAAUCCCAAACAGCAUUUCAGGUCUGAGAAACGUUGAACAAAUUGAACUAUUUGAAAACCAGCUUUUCGGCGAAUUACCCCAAGGUUUAGGAAACCUCAGCAGUUUAAUUUGCUUAGACCUCUCUCAGAACGCUCUAACGGGAAAACUACCAGACACAAUUGCUUCUUUGCAUCUCCAAUCUCUCAACCUGAACGACAACUUUCUCAGGGGAGAAAUUCCCGAAAGUCUAGCUUCAAACCCGAAUCUGAAGCAACUGAAACUCUUCAACAACAGCUUCACCGGGAAACUCCCACGAGAUCUGGGGCGAAACUCUGACAUAGAAGAUUUCGAUGUCUCAACCAAUGACUUGGUGGGAGAGUUGCCAAAGUACCUCUGCCAGGGGAACAAACUGGAGCAUCUCAUCACGUUCGCGAAUCGCUUCUCUGGAACGCUCCCUGACCAAUACGGCGAGUGUCGUUCACUUCAAUAUGUUAGAAUCCAGAACAACCAGUUCUCGGGCCCGGUGCCGCCAUCGUUUUGGGCCCUUGCUGGGCUUCAGUUUCUGGAAAUGUCCAACAACAGGUUCCAAGGUUCUGUCUCUGCUUCCAUCUCUAGGGGACUCACCAAACUCAUUUUGUCCGGUAACAGCUUUUCUGGCCAAUUCCCAAUGGAAAUAUGUGAACUUCAUAAUCUCAUGGAGAUUGACUUCAGCAAGAACCGCUUCACCGGUGAAGUUCCCACGUGCGUAACUAAGUUGACAAAAUUACAGAAACUUAGACUGCAAGAGAACAUGUUCACCGGCGAAAUUCCCAGUAACGUGACCCACUGGACUGACAUGACAGAGUUGGAUUUGUCGUUUAACCGGUUCACCGGUUCAAUCCCAUCAGAACUUGGAAAUUUACCGGAUUUGACAUACCUUGAUCUCGCCGUUAAUUCUUUAACGGGGGAGAUUCCGGUGGAGUUGACGAACCUAAGACUCAACCAGUUCAACGUCUCUGGUAACAAGUUGCACGGAGUGGUUCCUUUAGGUUUCAACCGCCAGGUGUACUUAACGGGUCUAAUGGGAAACCCUGGUCUCUGUAGCCCCGUUAUGAAAACCCUGCCUCCUUGUUCCAAACGCAGGCCGUUUUCUCUGCUUGCUAUUGUCGUUUUAGUUUGCUGCGUUUCGCUCCUUGUGGGGUCGACGUUGUGGUUCCUGAAGAGCAAGACGCGGGGUUGUGGUGGCAAAUCCAAGAGCUCCUAUAUGUCAACCGCGUUUCAGAGAGUGGGGUUCAAUGAAGAAGACAUAGUUCCGAACUUAAUCAGUAACAACGUGAUUGCCACAGGGAGUUCGGGUCGGGUUUACAAGGUGAGGCUCAAGACGGGGCAGACGGUGGCCGUGAAGAAACUGUUUGGUGGCGCGCAAAAGCCUGACGUGGAAAUGGUGUUCAGGGCGGAGAUUGAGACUCUGGGAAGGAUUCGGCAUGCGAAUAUUGUGAAACUGUUGUUUAGUUGCAGUGGUGAUGAGUUUAGGAUAUUGGUGUAUGAGUACAUGGAGAAUGGGAGCUUAGGGGAUGUGUUGCAUGGUGAGGACAAGUGUGGGGAGUUAAUGGAUUGGCCUAGGAGGUUCGCAAUUGCUGUGGGUGCGGCUCAGGGGUUGGCUUAUUUGCACCAUGAUUCUGUGCCUGCUAUUGUUCACAGGGACGUCAAGAGUAAUAACAUUUUGUUGGACCAUGAGUUUGUGCCAAGAGUAGCAGAUUUUGGUCUUGCUAAGACAUUGCAACGUGAGGCCACCCAGGGUGCUAUGUCCAGGGUUGCUGGAUCAUAUGGUUACAUUGCUCCUGAGUAUGCUUAUACAAUGAAAGUGACUGAGAAGAGCGAUGUGUAUAGUUUUGGGGUGGUGCUGAUGGAAUUGAUCACAGGCAAGAGGCCUAAUGACUCUUCAUUUGGUGAGAACAAGGAUAUAGUGAAGUGGAUCACUGAGACUGUUUUAUCACCAUCUCCUGAAAGAGGAAGUGGCGAUAUUGGAGGAGGAAAAGAUUAUAUUAUGAGCCAGAUUGUGGACCCGAGAUUGAACCCAGCCACUUGUGAUUAUGAAGAGAUAGAGAAGGUCUUAAAUGUGGCCCUACUCUGCACCUCAGCGUUUCCCAUUAAUAGACCCUCAAUGAGAAGGGUGGUUGAAUUGCUCAAGGACCAUAAACUGUCAUGAUGCUGUAUUGAGCUUCCCAAGCUCUGUCCACAAAAGGACCCAAAUUUUGCAUUGCCGUGGCGGUAGGCACCAAAUGAAAGCGAUUGAUGGCUGUGUAUGCAAGAAAACAAACUUUCGAGCAAAUUUAUUAUUAAGGAAUGAACAGCUAUAUGAGUGAUUAUUUAGUUACUCAUUGUACGUAAAUCUUGUUGUAUAUAUGAUGGCUCGUGAAUCCUGUCUUUGAUCAAAGUAAAAGUAAGUAGUGAAUUGGAAAGUCAUGUCACAUCCAUACCAUACUGAAAAAGAAAAACCUUCCUGCAGGCUUUAGCUUA